CUUCCUCCAUCGCCUCCUCCUCACUUCCUGUUGUGUAUCCACGUGGAGUACUGUGCUGAUGUUCAGGCCGGCUGCUAUUUCUACUUCACCUUUUACAUGAUUUUGUGUGUUAUGAUUGAAAACUCUGUCUGAGCGCUUUAGAGAUGCAGGUGUCCAGUGUGAAUAACGUGAAGAUCUAUAAUCUGAGUCACGGGAAAUCUCUUCCGGAGUGGCUGUCAGAUCGAAAGAAGAGAGUCUUGCAGAACAAUGAUGUUGAUAUCCAGAAGAGGAUUGAGCUGAUUCAGGAUUUUGAGAUGCCCACAGUCUGCACCUCCAUCCGAGUGUCACGCGAUGGCCAGUUCAUUUUAGCCGCGGGCACAUACAAACCUAGAGUCCGAUGCUAUGACACUUACCAGCUGUCUCUGAAAUUUGAGAGGUGCCUGGAGUCUGAUGUGGUGACGUUUGACAUCCUAUCUGAGGACUACUCUAAGCUAGUAUUUCUGCAUAUAGACCGCUAUGUGGAAUUCCACUCUCAGCACGGCCAUUACUACAAGACCCGCAUCCCGAAGUUUGGCCGAGAUUUUUCCUACCACUACCCUUCCUGUGAUCUCUACUUUGUGGGAGCCAGCUCAGAGGUCUUCAGACUGAAUCUUGAACAAGGCAGAUUCCUCAACUCCUUACAGACAGAUGCAGCAGAAAUCAACGUGUGUGACAUCAAUCCUGUUCAUCAGUUAUUUGCUGCGGGAACUUUAGAGGGCAGAGUGGACUGCUGGGACCCUCGUGUCCGGAGUCGAGUGGCUGUUUUGGACUGUGCUCUCAGCAGCAUCACUGACGGAACUGAGGUGGAAGGUCUGCCGUCUGUCAGCGCACUGAAGUUUAAUGGCUCUCUGGGCAUGGCGGUGGGCACCAGCACUGGACAGGUGCUCGUCUAUGAUCUUCGUUCUUCACGUCCUCUGCUGGUUAAAGAUCAUUACUAUGGGCUGCCCAUCAGAUCCCUUCACUUCCACAACCCACUGGACCUGGUGCUCUCCGCCGACUCCAAAAUCAUCAAGAUGUGGAAUAAAGACAAUGGAAAAGUAUUUGCCUCCAUCGAACCGCAGGCCAACAUCAAUGAUGUGUGUCUCUACCCCGGCUCUGGUUACAUAUUUAGAAAGGAUAAUCCUUCUCUUACUGGAAAGCAGACCAAAAUUAUUGAUCUCAUCUUGCUCACAGGGCAUGGUCUGACGCAUCUGAUUGGCUCGCCUCUGCUCAGGGCCUACAUGCACGGCUUCUUCAUGGACAUCAGGCUCUACCACAAGGUGAAGACCAUGGCGAACCCGUUUGCCUAUGAAGAGUACCGUAAGGACAGAAUCCGGCAGAAGAUCGAGGAGUCGAGAGCUCAGAGAGUGCAGCUCAAGAAGCUGCCCAAGGUCAACAAGGAUCUGGCCAUGAAACUCAUGGAGGAAAGUGAGCUUUCAACCAAGAAGAAGAAGAAAAAGGGCAAUGCCGUAGCCAAUCUCCUGACGGAUGACCGCUUCAAGGUGAUGUUCGAGAACCCUGAUUACCAGGUGGAUGUGCGAAGCGAGGAGUUCCGGCUGCUCAACCCCAUCGUGUCUAAAGUGGGUGAAAAGAGGAGGCAGAAACUCAGCCAGAUUGUUCAGCAAGAGGAACAGCAGGAUGAGGAAGAGGAGGAGGUGGAAGGCCGUGGCAGCUCAGAGGAAGAGGAGAGCUCUGAUGAUGAUGAUAAGAGCUGGGUGCAGGAAGUGAGGGAGCAGCGCCGUCUUAUACGGGCAGAGGAGCGGGAGCGCACGUUCAACCAGAGGAAAGAGAGGAGGCAACAGGACCGAGAAACCAGCUUACAGAGCUCUGAUCCAGUCAGGAACCGCCAGCAGGAGCCUCAGAACCAGAGCCAGAACCAGCCCAGAUUCUACCAGAUCAAAGCAGGAGAGGAGUUUCGCAGCUUCGGCGAUGUGGCCCGCAAACAGAAGAUGCAGAAGACGUCUCUGGAGGAGCGACUCCAGCGGGAGCAGAGCUCAGGGAGGCUAAACCUCAGUGACACAGCAGUUGGAAGCAAACAGCUCACGUUCACUCUCAAAAAGACGGAGAGGCAGCGAUUUCAACAGCAGGCUGAACGAGACCAUCAUGAGGAGAGGAGGAAGAUCAGACGGGCGGCUGGACACUUACAUUCUAUCAGGGGAGGAAGAGGAAGAGGAAGAGGCGGCGGAGGAGGAAGAGGCGGCGGAGGAGGAAGAGGCGGCGGAGGAGGAAGAGGCGGCGGAGGAGGAAGAGGCGGCGGAAGAGGAAGAGGCAGUGGAGGAGGAAGAGGAAGAGGUGGCGAAGGAGGAAGAGGUGGUGGAAGAGGAAGGAGACCCUUUUAA